GAGAGGACUGAAGGGUCAACUUUGGUUUCGAUCGCCUAUAAAAAAUAGCCUUCCCGCUGUUAGACUGCCCUUUCGUUCACUGAAUCGACUUUCACGACUGAUCAUACCUUGAGCUUGCAGUGCUAAAAUGCAGGAGACGGAGCGGAGGAGUGGGAGCACUUGGCCGUAACUGCGAUUCUCAGCUAAAGCCUCUGUGCGGCGCGGCUGCGGAGCCGGCGAGCCCCGCGCCUCCAGACGCCAGGGGGCGCUCGGCCGGGAGCCGACUCCGGGAGAGACCCCAUUCAGGGAGGCGGGGUCCGGCCUGGCAAGAUGGCGCCGUCCACGCUGUUGCGGUCCCUCCCUAGGCUGCUCGCCCCGGCCAGGCUCCCGGGGGGCUCGUCAGCGCGGUCAAAGUUCUACGUUCGAGAGCCGCUACAUGACAAACCGGACUGGCUGAAAGUGGGGUUGACCUUGGGCACUUCCGCCUUCCUGUGGAUCUAUCUCAUCCAGCAACAUAGAGAGGAUGUUUUAGAGUAUAAAAGAAGAAAUGGGUUGGAAUAAACUUUUAAAAUAUGAAUACAGUAUGUUCUAUAUUCCAAUGAAAGCAGUUCCAGUCUGUUGAAUUGUAAACGUGAGAGAAAAGUUGUAUGUGAAAGUAUGUCAUUAGCAUUUGUGUUUUGCACCAUUAAGUGAAAAAAUAAAAAUAUUUCUGUAUUCUUCAGAUUUCAUAUACUAUGGCAGUGUUGAAAAUGUGAAUUCUAAUGCACAUGAAAUAAUAAAAACAAAGCAAAGGAGAAAAAAAGAAAA